AUGAACUCUUUUACUGGGACAGCUGUCGACUCCAGCUCUAGCAAGUUUACCCAGACUGUGAUUCCUCCAGCCAGAUCAGAUACCGGGACUAGUUAUCCCGACUACGCACCUCCUACCUACGAGGCUGCUACUUCCCUCCCGGCUCCAAGCAUUACGUCGAGAUCCGAAACGCAUUCAUCUCCUGACGAUGAACCGUCCACAGAGUCCAUCGAACCAGAUACCAAAGUGAUUCAGUCCCGAGAUCCGCUCGACCCGAUGCCAUCAUGCUUCAGUCGAGAUCCCCCGACAGAGGCUGCACAUCAAGCACUCUCGUACCCUUUCAUUGUUCAUGCCAAACCGGGAAAGAAACUCUUGGACGAUGCCUUUGAUACCUUUAGUUCAAACAUUCUAGAAAAGUACAACGUAUUCGACCACGACUGGGCUCGAUUGAUCGAAGACAUUCGAAUCGCUGCUCAACUGACCAAGGGAGAAAAGGCCACUGCUAAAGUACUUCCAGUGACAAAGUACAUUGGUUGUACCGGGUACUUUGUGAGUCGCGCGAUCGAGAAGAAAAUGAAGAGGAAGAAUGCAGCCAGCGUAAAUGCGCUAUUGGAAGUUUGGAACGAGCAGUUUUUUAGGCCCAGACGCUUGGAAAUUACACUAUGUCGGGGGGAUUGGCGCGUCUCCAGUACUGCUGAGUGCAGCGAGAUUCAGUAUCCAGCUCCUGAUCGACCACACGUCCAGCCUCGACAAAGAGGAUGUUGUGGAACACGAGGAGCCGAGUGGCGUGCAUCUGUACAAAUGGAUAACAAGCCGGGCGAGAGUUCCAUUUGUGGACGCAGGAAAAUGUGUAAUGCAGGGAUGAAAAGACAACAACAAGAGGGAUGUUCGUCCAAGAAAGAAGGUUACCGUUUGGUCGUUAUUUCUAUCUAA